CGACGAAGGCGUGCAGGUGAGCGUAUUCACCUGUUGGUUGGCGGCGGCGGCGUCAUCCACCUGAUACGUUGUAAACAAUUGCGUACAAAUUCUGGUAGCCGAUUGCAUCACAAUCCCAUUGUAAAUGUGAACGCGGUGUGUCGUGCUUUCUAAAUUGUAAAAAAAAAUAUUUACCUACCUGCAUAGAAAGUUGUGGAAUAUGCAUAUAUAAAAAAAGGUCGUGAAAUGUCAGUGAAUUUAUGCAAUUGAAUCGCGCUAAAUUAAAGGUCUUAGUUAAACAAUUUCAAUGGCGUAAAUUAUCGCAGUCGUAUUUUCGCGUUAAAAUGGUGUGAUUGUCGUCAUUACGCGAUGUUCGACAGUUGCCAUAGUGAAAAUGCGGGACCGAAGUGUUCUGAGGUUGCGGAGAAGUUGGUGCAACUCUUCGGAUGGCGACAAACGUAUAAGGUGGAGAAGCUUCAAAGAAAUAUACCGUUGAGGGGCACGACGAAAAUUUCGCUUUUACGGCCUGCCGUGGAAAAGAUCACUUAUAAGGGCCCCGACUCUUGGGUCGUCGUUCACAAUUUACAAUCGCAAGGAGGAGGCAUUUUGGACCCGGACGACCGGUUAAGUGACGUCGCGGACGAUCGCGAGCAGAUUUUGGCGAGUUUCGAGGACGGCGACGGUGGUCACCAUCACGGGGGUGGCGAUGGCGCCAGCGGGAGUAGCUCGAUCGGUACUGGUAGCCCCGACAUCUUUCACGAUGGCGAUAAGUACGGGCCUUCGUAUUCUCGAACUGAUAUCGAAGUCACCGGGGAGCAAAUCGCGUCUGGAAUAGCAGGUGUGUUGCAUGUAAGAAGAGGGAGUGAGCCUGCUCUAAAUCAACUUCCAGCGGGCCCACCGACUCCCUCUGACCACACGAAGCGGUGGAGCGCCGCUCCGUUAAUUUUGGAGCCGCCCAGUAUGAGCUAUUCCAACCCGGACUGGCAUGAGGAUGCAAAGGAAGAGGACGAGGAUAGAAAUUUUCAUAGAGUCGGAAGGGAUGGCAGUAAUAGACUUUCCAUGCAGUUUUUGGGGGAGGGGAAUGGAUAUCGUUGGGCUGAGGCCGCAGAGCGUGCUGCUAACUCCAGGUUGCACGCGAGCACCUCGCUGCCACGCGAGGCGAAGCGCAGAGAACCUUUGGGCCAAGCCAAUUCUACUAGUCCCACGUCUACUUUGGACAGUGAUUAUGUAGGAGAACUGAUAGUAAUACGUAACGAACCCGGUCCUUUAGGAAUACACGUAGUGCCAGAUUACGAUAGGUUAGGAAAAGACAAGGGCUUGCUGGUGCAGGGCAUAGAACCAGAUGGUCGAAUCGACCGGGAUGGUCGCCUGGCGAUUUACGACCGAAUCAUCGAAAUCAACGGUCAAUCCGUACUUAACAUGCCAUUCCAAAGGGUUCAAGAGCUCUUUAAACUAUCUUUAACAUCAACGGAACUUAGACUGAGAGUGAUAAAGAAUAGACUGGAUGCUCUGCGAAGACCUCCGCCUCCGGUCUUCCCGAAGUACCCCGACGACAAGGAGAACGUUUCGAUGGUCGAGUGUGAACAGAAACAAAGUACAAAUACCAAAGUGGCCACGGUCUCCCCGACGAAAAAGGUACCGGCCGUUUCGCGCAACUUAAAGUCGUUACUCACCGCAAACACGCGACGAAUCGGCCGAAAGAUCGAGAUCGAGUUGGUCAAAGGUCCCCACGGUUUGGGCUUCAGCAUAACCACUCGAGAUAAUCCCGCUGGCGGGAAUUGUCCGAUUUAUAUUAAGAACAUCAUACCAAAAGGAGCGGCCGUGGAGGACGGGCGACUGAAAAUUGGAGAUCGGUUGUUGGAGGUGAACGGAAUUGAAAUGACCGGAAAGACGCAAGCCGAGGCGGUUACGAUACUUCGAAAUGCUCCAGCUGGCAGUAAAGUUCGAAUUGUGGUUUCCAGACAAGAAGAUCUAACCGACGGUUUUCUUCCUAGGGUUGUUGACGUUGAUGGUGAGAAAGAUGAUCGUGAUUCGGAGAGGCUGCACAAUUCCGAUGUGCCACCAAACAUUCCCCCGCUGCCUCAAAGCCAUUUGCAUCAACGCACCCCGGAAAAAGGAAACGCAGUUGCGAGAAUCAUAUCUCAAUUCCAAGAGGCCUCCAAUGUAAGUAGCUUGGAGAGUUCGCCAACCCUUAGACCCGUCUCAUUUCAGGCGCUCGAUAAAUCGGACGACAACCUCAUCUUCCCUUGGAAGCACAAAGAGAUCGUCACGUUCGACAUUCCGGUCCACGAUUCCGAGAAGGCCGGUCUAGGUAUCAGCGUCAAAGGGAAAACCAGCGGCACGCAAGAUCUCGGAAUUUUCAUUAAAAGUGUCAUAAAUGGUGGUGCGGCGUCGCGCGACAAACGCUUGAGGACUAACGAUCAGUUGUUAAAUGUGAACGGCAUUUCGCUCCUGCAUCAGUCGAAUAGUGACGCAAUGGAAACGCUCAGAAAGGCGAUGCUUCACACCGAAGGUCCGGUUCCUGGCAGUAUUACGUUGACGGUGGCAAGGAAGGCGGGCUCUCCCGGACCUACGAGGGACGCCUCCAGAAGAAAUUCCGCUUCCGGUUUGCUCAAGAGUUCAUCGGGUGGCGAUUUAUACCACAGCAUGGAAAUGGACCCGUCACUUUCCCAAGACAACUCGGGUGCAAGCGGAGGAUCAACAAACACCGUCAUUUACAAACCGUCGACGAUUUUAGAUAAUAGUAAACCGAGUACGAACGAUAGCUUUAACAAUAUGAACACGUGGAACCCCGUACUGGAUCGACUGACCGGCCACAACAAACAGUUGCGGAACGAAAGCUAUUACAUGGCCACCCACGACACGUGGAGCGCCAGUAUGAUGGGCAACCAGUCGAUGGCCAAACUUUCCAGUCCAACCGUCAACCUAAACUCUGGCGAGAUGAUCUUGAUCGAGGACGAGUGCGGGCCUAGGGUUCUUCCCCGUCAAAACUCACAAUCAAAGUUGUUAAGCGAGAACUAUCAAAAUGGGAACCACUUGGAAAGUCGAAACGAGCACGAACCCGAUGGCAAAGCGGCUUUAACAAGCGGUACCGCUGACAAAAGCGCGGAGUCUACCCAAAACGCUACGUGUGUUAAUAACGACGUAACAUACGCUAGCCAGUUAUCCCUAGAGAAUCCAAACGGAAGCGCUGCCUUCUCCAGAGACGCUUUCGGUAGGCAAAGCAUGUCGGAGAAACGCCAUGCUACUUUGGACGCCAAGAAUACCGACACGUACCAGCGCUCAAAGAAGCUACGAGAAGAACGGGAUAAAGUUAGGGGGAAAGAGACUAAUUUGGUUCGUGUUGGAUCAGUCGAAUCUGUUAUAAGUGUAAAUCGCUCAUCCGAACAUCCCGAAUAUGCCGAUAAAUUAGGCGAGCUCGGUCCUUCGCUGGGCAUGAAAAAAUCUUCCAGUUUAGAGUCGCUACAAACCAUGGUGCAAGAGAUUCAAAUGCAAGAGGAAGGAGAUCCCGCCUACAGUUACAGGGGUGGAAGCGGCGCUUUGAAGGUUAUUCGUGGACGGGGAUGCGACGAAAGUUUUCGUGCGGCCGUUGAUAAGGACUAUGACAAACACUUGGACCCGAAUCAUCGGGAGACGAACGCGAAAAAACACUGGUUACUCGACCCUCCUUCGGACUUCGAACGAGACCCCGAGGGUUUUACGAAUGUCAGGGGAGGUCCGCGGCAAUCCUCGCUAAACGCCGCCCUGGACGUUAAGAAUAAACACGCAAAGAAGAAGCCGGGGUUGUUUAAAGGAAUCGGUUCUAUGUUCAGGUUUGGAAAGCACAGGAAGAUGGAUUUUGUUAACGCCGAACCGGUGCAAUCCUACCAGAACACUGCGGAAUUCGACGCGGACCCCCCCAGCCAGCAACAGCUGCAGGAUAACGGGAACAAUAUCAACCACGCUGUCGCUCAGAAGUCAUCAGACGACCUUUCUGAGAAGAAAAGCGAGCAGCUCUAUCAGAAGCACGGUUUUCUACACAGGCACGCCGAGCAGGUGCAGGUGAUACCGGAAGGGGCGAUACCACCAAUGAGGUAUCGUAACAACAACGUUCACCUGGAUAGUAACUCGAACCGGGGCGAAAGGAGUCAACUAAUGCGAGCCUACGAGCAACGUCAGGCCCAGCGGCAAGCGCAUUAUGCCGCAUUCGAGCGCGACAAUGAGACUGACCAAAGAAUACGAUUGCAAAAUGAGCAAAACGUAAACUAUGGCGAGUAUGGACGACCGGGAAGCAGAUCCGGGAUAUCCGAUCCUGUCCGAUUUACUCACUACGUUAACUACAACGAACUGCAAAACCACCUCAGCGGCCGAAAAGAGACGCUGUCUGAUAGUCAAAUUGUUCAGAUGCGUCUGCAGGUGCAGCAACAACGAUUAAAGGUGGAGGAGGAAAGCCGAAAACAGCACCAGUAUCAUUCGCAGCGACAGGUACGCAACGACAACCAAUUGCGGCCGGUCUCCAACUUUUACGAGUAUGAAAGUGUACAGUCAAUUUUGAACGCACACGGCAGACCGACUAACGCGUACCCUCAGCAACCGCCACCGUACCAAGAUCCGGUUGCCGCCAGCUCGUCGUCGAGGCCGACACCGAGCAGGCAGCACGCCGCAAACACUCGCCACCUGACGCCCUAUCAGCAGCUCAGGGGACCUUUCAUCACUCACGUUACGAUAGGCGACCAUCAGCCUCAGCAGGCCGGAUCUCGAGUGUAAACUUUUAAUAAUUUUAGUCUUUGUGUUUAUAGUGUAUUUAUUAUUAUAUAACUUUUACUGUGUACAUUCCCCCAUUUUGCCACGGCGUGGCAAAGCGUUUUUAGGAUAAUUUUUAUCGUAGCAUGUUCUUUAAUCCCUUCAAUUGUAUAAUAUAAAGUAUUAAUUGCGCGAGAAAUUUAUGUAAUUGUUUUAUAAUGUAUAUUAUUUAUAAACGCUUUAUGAGGUCACAUUGACUACCGAUAUCUAACUGUGUAUACACCACAGACAUAGUAUUAUUUUGUAAUGUACAUAAACUUUAUUAAAGGCUAUUGAUGAAUCAA